UAAAGUACAGUAGAGUACAGUAUGAACACAGUCAUCUACCGUCUUCCAUCGACGUUGUGAAAAUGGCGGACGAAGGUUGUACAUCGAAUGCUAUCCCGAACGCAGAAAUUGUCCGCGGACAAAUAUUCGAGGUCGGGCCUCGGUACACAAAUUUAGCGUACAUGGGCGAAGGUGCCUAUGGUAUGGUCGUCUCUGCGCACGAUAAUGUGACAAAUACAAAAGUAGCCAUCAAAAAAAUUUCACCGUUCCAAAAUCAAAUUUAUUGCCAAAGGACAUUAAGAGAAAUAAAAAUCCUAAACAGAUUUAAGCAUGAAAAUAUUAUAGAUAUAAGGGAUAUAUUAAGAGCGCCAACUGCAGAUCAGAUGAAAGAUGUGUACAUUGUUCAAUGCUUAAUGGAAACCGAUCUAUAUAAAUUACUCAAAACUCAGGCUAUUAGUAACGAUCACAUAUGUUACUUUCUUUAUCAAAUUCUUCGAGGACUGAAAUAUAUACAUUCAGCAAAUGUGUUACAUAGAGAUCUGAAACCUAGUAAUCUACUCUUGAAUACUACGUGUGAUCUAAAGAUUUGUGAUUUUGGUCUGGCAAGAGUUGCCGAUCCUGCUCAUAAUCACGAUGGAUUUCUAACAGAAUAUGUAGCAACAAGAUGGUACAGAGCACCUGAAAUUAUGUUAAACUCUAAGGGUUAUACAAAAUCUAUAGAUAUUUGGUCAGUGGGUUGUAUUCUUGCAGAGAUGUUGUCUCGACGAGCCAUUUUCCCUGGCAAACAUUAUCUAGAUCAACUUAAUCAUAUUCUUGGUAUUCUAGGAUCCCCUUCGCCCGAGGAUCUUGAAUGCAUAUACAAUAAAAAGGCCCGCAGUUAUUUGGAAUCCUUACCGUAUAAGCCAAAGGUCCCUUGGACAAUUUUAUUUCCAAACGCAGACCUCAAAGCACUUGAUCUAUUAGAUAAAUUACUAACUUUCAAUCCUAAUAAGCGUAUUGUUGUCGAAGAUGCAUUAGCUCAUCCGUAUUUGGAACAGUAUUAUGAUCCAGCUGACGAACCAGUUGCAGAAGAGCCAUUUAAAUUUGAUAUGGAAUUAGACGAUCUUCCAAAAGAGACAUUAAAGCAGUAUAUUUUCGAAGAGACUUUACUAUUUCAGGAACACAGCCAAGAAAAUGCCAUACAAUAGCAAUAAACUUUGUACUGAUUAAAAGAAUCUCUAACAUAAAAAACCAUUACUAUCGAUCUUUUAAGACGACUGAGAGAGAUGCAAGAUGGAAAAGCAGUGCAGAUGAUAUUCAAUCUGUUGAUUAGUAUUAUUGUGGUAUUAAAAGCAAAAGAAGAAAGAUAAUUCAAUGACUAGAAUAAGUUUCUGAAAAAAUAAGUCCAACUAUCUAUAUGUGACUAUAAACGUUUAAUAUCUACAAAUAGAAGAAAAUUUCAU